GUGAACUUGAUCCCUCACGAAAUUUCAAGAGGAAAGACGAGCCUAUACAUAGAAGUGCCGGAAAUACUAACGACCUUAACUUUUGCAAAGCAACAACGAGCGUCGGGGGACGUUGACGUUCGAACGAGCUCACUCAGCCGACCGUGGAAGACAACCUCAAGACGGCCCUUUCCUACCGUGGGGUGGAUCAUGAACCUGGUCCUUGCAAGAUGUAUACUUUGGAUCGGCUUCCACCACUUCCUCCUGGCUGAUUCAUCUCAACAGCAAUCGAGCAGACCUGCAAGCCUCCAAUUCUCAUCCGCUCAGGCCCGCAAUUUCUCCGUCCCACGCAAACUACCCCAAAUGGAUUUCGAGAUAGACGCCAGCUAUGCUGGUCUUUUGGAUAUAUCCAAAGGCCCGCACGAGGAAGCCAAGAUUUUCUUUUGGUUUAUUCCAGCUCACAAUGCUCUGGGCGCGAAUGAAUUGACACUUUGGAGCAACGGCGGACCUGGAUGCAGUUCAAUGAUAGGGGCAUUUCAAGAAAAUGGUCCGAUCAUGUGGGAUCCAGGUAGGACCAGCGCGAUUAAAAAUCCAUAUUCAUGGCACACACGUUCCAGUAUGCUUUACGUUGACCAUCCUAUUGGUGUCGGCUACAGCGUGGGCAAGGCGGUGAUCGACAAUGAGUAUCAAGUAGCGGAUUAUCUUUGCCGGUUUCUUGAGGCUUGGCUCAAGGUUUUCCCAGAAAUGUCUCAGAAAAACUUUUACCUGGCCGGAGAGUCAUACGCUGGAAUGUAUUUGUCUUACACCGCCGCAACCAUCCACGCCAAAAAACAUCAGAUCCCAUUGCCGCUGAAAGGUCUUCUAUUAAUUGACGCCGUCUUCUCUGAUACCCUCCUACAAGAACAAGCACCUCUGUAUACGUUUGUUGAGAAACACCAAAGCACUUUCAAAUUCGACGAAAGUUUCAUGGCAAAGUUGAACCAAACCGACAAAAGCUGUGGAUACUCCCAAUACCUUCAAAAGCAUUUGGUCUACCCUCCCCGUGGUUUCUUGCCAGAUCUCACCCUGGCAACAUCCAGCAAAAAUCCUAAGCUGGUGAAACCGCAGUGCAACAUAGUAACGAUGAUGAACCAACACCUUCCCAUCGGGUUUCAAACUUAUAACAUCUUGUGGAAGAAAGCAUUCGACUACGCCUUGGAUCCCUUCCUGACAUAUUUCGACAUGCUAGACGUGAAGGAGGCAUUCAACGUUGAUGGGGAAAGAAAAUGGCAUGCUUGUCUACAGUCCAACCAAUUGCUUUUCCCCAAGGGCGACCAAUCUCCUCCCCCAGCGCUUACGGUCUUACCGGACGUCAUCAAGAAGAACAAGAGGACCGUCUUGGCGCAGGGAAGCUUAGAUGCCGUGCUAUUCAUGGAUGGUACCAAACUCGCUCUACAAAAUUUGACCUGGAAUGGAGACUUAGGUUUUCAAAAACCUAUCGACCAGACGUUUUCGAUUGGGGGUAAAGCGAUGGGUCGAUACAACUCUGAGCGUGGUUUGACAUACAUCGAGGUGGAAGAUAGUGGCCACAAGUUACCCCAUGACAAGCCAGAAGCAGCUCUACAAAUCUUAGACUUUCUUUUGGGCCACUCCAACUCGCCUUCCUCGCCUUAGUUGUUUGACAGCCUCCUUGUGUACAUGGGGUGAAUGGGGCACUGUUAAUGUGUUGUGAAAGAGGCAGUACAUAAUGAGGAGUGUUUAGGGUUCGCGUUUCUAGAAUGUUGUGUUUGUCAAGUAUCAGAGAGAUUUUGUAAAUAUUUCUUAUUUUAGCUUCUUUUCGUUUCUUGUGAUAUGGUUGUCCCUUUGAGAGAAUGCGCAAUGUAAGGGUAUUCCCCUCAUGCACCC